AUGAUCAACGGUGCUACUGAUGACUGUUUUGCUGUUGCAAAACCAGCUUAUACUAAUGGUGAACUUUUUGCUAAUUUAUUCGUUGACCGAGUUGCUGCUGCUGAUGUUUGCAACAGUACACAAUGCCAAUGUUCUAUUGACUAUACUGUCAUACAUUGUGACACAAAAGGAUGGAAAAAUCUGGAUGAUAUUGAUUUACCUUCAAAGGUUGUUACUUUAACACUUAAUCACAAUAAUCUCAAAUUUGAUAGAAUUACUGAUCGUGAGAAAAUUGAAAACUUAACGAGUUUGACAGAUUUAAGUAUUAAUCAAAACCCGCUUGGAAUGAUUCCACCUUUUAAUCAUACAAAAGUUCGUUUUCUUUCAUUACAAGAUACUUUAUUAACAUCUGCUGAAAUUCCUUCGUCAUAUAGGGGUUCACUUUUACAAACAAUUUCACUUAGUAAUAAUAAAAUUCGAUCGAUCAGUGAAGAAGAUUUUGUAAUGUUACGUGGUUCUACAUUACGAAAAUUACAUAUUGAUAGUGCAAGUAUUUCUAAGAUUGAUCAAAAUGCUUUUAUUGCAUUAACCCAACUUCAAGCAUUAUCAUUGAAAAAUAAUCAAUUAAAAUCCUGUGAAUUUCUAUCAACUUUACCAUUACUUUCUUCAAUUGAACUUGAUGGAAAUCAAUUCACUUCACUUCCACAACAAUUAUCAACACCAAGAAAUAUUAAAACCUAUUCAAUUACAUAUAAUUCAAUAUCUACUAUUGAUGAAUCAUCACCUUUAUAUAAAUGGCUUAAAAUGAAUUAUACAAAUAUUAAAAUUUUCUUAGCUAAUAAUACAUUUGAUUGUUGUUCAUCUUUAUGGUUCAUUCGUUUUAUAAAAAAAUUUCCUCAAUUUGUUGGAGAUGCUUCAUUAUUAACAUGUGCUACACCAUCAAAUUUUACAGGAAAAUUGUUGAUUACACUCAAUCCAGAUGAAAUGAAUUGUGGUGGUGAUAUAUCGAAUAAAUCAUGGUGGACAACUGGUCGAAUUAUCGGUAUUGUCGUUGGAUCGGUUAGUAUAGUAAUGAUUGGUAUAAUUGUGAUUCUUGUCACUGCAUAUACUCGACGACAUUCAUUAUAUUCCGGUUACGAACCAAUUAAUGAAAAUGAUGAACAAUAUUCUAAUAUAGAUUCAUUAUUGUCUGAUAGACACCCAUCACCAAUACUAGAAGAUGACGAUGAACUAUUAACCAAUUCAAAUAUCAACAGUACAAGAAGUGUUGCCCAGUCAGAUGCACCGACACAUACGACAGCUGAAGGUAUUUAUCCAGCAGAUGGUAGUGUGGUUGGAGACUCUCAAAUACAAGAAACAGUCUUAAUGCCUCAUUUUCAGUAA